CUUCUCUCUUCUCUCUCUCUCGAUCUCUCCCUUCAGUGUCUUCAACUCUCGCUCAUCCCCGCAGUGCAGGCGCUGUUAUUUGUUGCCUACUAUCUGUUUAUCUUUAUCUCCCAUAAAAGACUCCUAUCUCUUCGGCAGCUUUAAAAAUGGAUCGCAGUCUCGACGAGAUCAUCGCCGAGCGUCCUCAGAAGCAGCAACCUCAGAAUCGUGGUCGCCGUCCUCCGCAAGGUCGUCGCCGUGAUGGCGUAAGAAAGUCUUACAGAGAUGAUCGCCCGGAUUUGGAUCUCGAUUGGGUUCAUGACAAAUACGAAGACGACAGAGAUGCCCGUCCUUCCCGUGCCCCUCGACGCCCGCGCGGUGACCGCUACUCUCCCGAGCACGAACACGCAUCUACCGGAGCCAAGCUCCGCGUUGAAAACAUCCACUACGACAUUACUGAGAGUGAUCUAGAGGAUUUAUUCACCCGCAUCGGACCCAUCACCAAUGUCUCUCUUGUCUACGACCGGGCCGGUCGCUCCGAAGGCCUGGCUUUCGUCACCUACAACCGUGUCAGCGACGCGCGCACAGCUAUCAGCGAGUUUGACGGUGCCAACGCUAAAGGUCAGCCCAUCCGGUUGACGCUCAUUGGCAGUGGUAGCGGCGGCGGAAGACGGGACCGCAACCCGUUCGAUAACGUGGAACGUCCCAAGGGCAGUUUGUUCGACCGUGUGGAGCGGCCCCGCGAUCGAAACGCUCGCAGCCUGAGUCCCGGCAGCAGAAGCGGCAGCCCCGACGGUGGUGCCCGGCGUCGUCGCGGCCGUCGCGGCCCCGGUAGCGGUGGAGGUUACCGCCGCAGCGAUGUCACCAAGCCGCCUCCCGAACACAUCGACAGAUACGUCCCCGGUCAACGCUCCCCCGCCCGCAGACCUGCCAACGGUGGUGGUGGUGGUGGUGGUGGUGGAAGACGUCAGCAGGGUGAGCGUGAUAACCGUGGUGGUGAGGGCCGCCACACGGUCAAUGGUCGGCCUCGGAAGACCCAGGAGGAACUCGACGCCGAGAUGGACGACUACUGGGGUGGUGCGGCUAGUGCCGGUGCCGGUGCGGCUGACAACCAGACUGUUCCCGACGAGCCGCAGCAGAUUGCCCCUGCAUCCGCCGCGGCGGCUGGGGAUGACGAUAUUGAUAUGAUCGAGUAAAGUGUGCUUGGAAACAAUUCGCUACGUUUAACUGUUGCGCGAGAACGGCGUUGGGUGACAAUCGCUGCUUUGUGUAGUUAAAAUCUAAGAGAGAAACUUGGUUUGUCGGACAGACACCAUCUACAAACCCCGAAC